AUGGCGACUGCCCCAGUUCCAGAAUCCACUCCUCCGGCUGCGGAGUUGGUGACCCAGCGACGUUCUUCAGCGACUCACAUCAAUCCAGGUGAAAUCAGUCGACCCAUGAACCUUCAGAGAAUCGCUCAAAGAAAAACCCAAGUCAGAAAUUAUCCGAAGACGAAGAAACUGGAGAAAUUGGGCAUCUACUCGUCAUGCAAGGCUGAUGAUUCUUGCAAGUGCAAUGGGUGGAAGAAUCCCAAUCCACCCCCUACGCCUACACAGCCAAGCCGUCUAGACAUUGCCACACCUCUUGCCAGUCUGUCUGAUCCCUGCAGGAGCUGCAGCCACCAGCUUGCCGCUCAUGUUUCCCAUCUGGAGAAUGUACCGGAGGAGGAGAUAAAUCGCCUCCUUGGCAUCGUUGUAGAUGUGGAGAACCUCUUCCUCUGCGUGCAUAAAGAAGAGGAUGCGGAUACCAAACAGGUCUACUUCUACCUUUUCAAGCUCCUGAGAAAAUGCAUCCUACAGAUGAGCAAGCCGUCGGUAGAGGGUCCACUUGGAAGUCCACCAUUUGAGAAGCCAAGCAUAAACAAGGGGGUCACAAAUUUUGUGGUGUACAAAUUUGGGCAUUUACCUCAGAAGGACUGGCAGACGAUGUACGACCUGGCAAAGAUGUUCCUUCAUUGUCUCAACCAUUGGAAGCUAGAAACACCAACCGUUAGGAAGCAGCGAGCCCAGACAGACGAUGUAGCUGCUUACAAGGUCAACUACACAAGGUGGUUGUGUUAUUGCCACGUCCCAGCAUUCUGCGAUAGUCUCCCACGCUACGAGACAACGCACAUCUUCGGUCGAUCGCUCCUGCGUUCAGUCUUCACCGUCAUGAGGCGGCAACUUCUGGACAAGUUCAGAGCGGAGAAGGACAAGAUGCCGCCUGAGAAACGAACCCUGGUGCUUACUCACUUCCCAAGGUUUCUUUCAAUGCUGGAAGAGGAAGUCUAUGGACCUAGUUCACCAAUCUGGGACCCUGACUUCUCACCUAUGCCUGGUAGUACUUGUGUGCCUCUUCCAGACCCACCUACACCAGACAAUGCGAGCCCUUUGGCAACCUCAGUCCCAACAGCAGCGAGCACGGUACCAACCAUGGGUCGCAUCACCAUCUCAGCCACCGCGGCUUCAACGGCGACGUUGGCCGAUAACAGUACCUCCUUUAACCUCAGCCCUGGGUUGGUCAACAGCAAGAAGGCCGUCAAAGUGGGCGACUCUGAGGAAGAGGAACCUGUAGUCGAAAAAGUGGCUGAGAAGAGGAAGAGUGAUGACUCGGAGACGAUCGAAGAUGCCAAGAGACAACGACUCUUAGAAGACGAUAUUCCAAUGAAAGUUGUGAGUGAGGUGUUAUCGACGAUCACGGAUCCUGCUGCGAUGGUUGGCCCUGAGAGUAGUCUGUUUUCUGCACAUGCUGCCCGGGAUGAGGCGGCCCGCAAUGAAGAACGCCGUGGCGUUAUUGAGUUCCACGUCAUCGGGAAUUCCAUCACACGAAAUCCAUCUCGCCAGACGCUGAUUUGGCUGAUCGGACUUCAGAACGUCUUCUCCCAUCAGCUACCAAGGAUGCCUAAGGAAUACAUCACAAGGUUGGUGUUUGACACCAAGCACAAAACCCUCGCCCUCGUCAAGGACGGACGGGUCAUCGGUGGAAUCUGCUUCCGUAUGUUCCCGACCCAGGGCUUCACCGAGAUCGUCUUCUGUGCUGUGACCUCUAACGAGCAGGUCAAAGGUUACGGUACCCACUUGAUGAACCAUCUGAAGGACUACCACAUCAAACAUGGAGUCUUACACUUUUUGACCUUCGCUGAUGAGUAUGCUAUCGGCUACUUCAAGAAACAGGGUUUUUCAAAGGAAAUAAAGCUGUCUAAAUCUGCGUAUGUCGGCUACAUCAAGGACUAUGAGGGCGCUACACUGAUGGGCUGUCAGCUCAAUCCUCGCAUCCCGCAUACAGAGUUCUCCCAGAUCAUCCGGCGGCAGAAAGAGAUUGUCAAGAAGCUAAUUGCGAGGAAACAGGAAGAGGUUCGGAAAGUCUUCCCCGGGCUGACCUGCUUCAAGGAAGGGGUGCGACAGAUACCCCUGGAGAGUAUUCCUGGACUGGUUGAGGCAGGAUGGAGACCGCCAAAAGAGAAACCUCCGCCAACGAAGCUCUGUAAUAUGAGUGAGGAGCAAGUCUACCAACUCUUCAAGACUGUCCUGACUGCAACCAAGAAUCACACAAGUGCCUGGCCAUUCCUGAAGCCUGUAGAAGCCUUGGAAGCACCAGACUAUUACGACCACAUCAAGUACCCCAUGGAUUUGAAGACGAUGACUGAGCGACUGAAGAACAAGUACUACUGCUCCAAGAAGUUGUUCAUUGCAGAUAUGCAACGGAUCUUCAGUAAUUGUCGAGCCUAUAAUGCAGCCGAUACAGAGUAUGUUAAAGGUGCCAAUACACUGGAGAGGUUCUUCUUCAAUAAGAUUAGAGAGUUUGGGAUUAUUGAUAAGUAAUAUGAAUUAUGAAUGAGAUUUAUCCUGAUUGCUAUUAAGUAUGAUAGUGCCCUGUUGGCGCGUACCUCGCAUACUCUCAAAAAGCGCCAUUCUAACGACAAAAGGAGGCAAAUCAUUGAACGAUGGCUUUUCCGUGGCAGCAAAAUGUGGGUUACCUAGAAGGAAGCGUACCUGGUAGUGAUAUGCAAAGGGGGUCUACUGAUUUCUAUAGAAGCCCUUACAAAAUGCUGAAUGCAUCUCUGAACAAUGCGCGUUUACCGUUUCCAUCAUUUUGAUCAUCAAAUAAUUUGUGCACGAUUUUCACUCCCAAAAUUAUGGUGUUCAAGGGGUCUAUAGACCUCAUGCACAUGACGUCAUUUGAGUAAAGUCGCCUCGCCUAGAGGUCACAUGGAGGUUUGUUCCCAGGCCAAUCAUGUGUACUGUGUGUUCAAAUGUGAAUGCUUCCAUUAUUUCAUUAUCAUUUUACCUCUAAGAUUGCGGCAUUAUGACGUUAAUGCAUCACUCACUAAAGUCCUAAUAAUAAUAAUAAUAAUAAUAAUAAUAAUCCGUUUUUAUAUAGCGCUUUUCACACCCGGAGGGCGGCCCAAAGCACUUCGCAUUAUUAACCCUGAUCACUGGGCCUCAUUUAACUUCUUAAACCAUCUCAGCUCCCUGGUGGAGAGUAUACAGCCUUGU